AUGGCAUCGAACGAAGGCGUCGUUUCGUCUUCGCGAAGCUCGUCGUAUGACUCGCGGAUGCUGACUGAAGAUGCUCUUAAGAAGCUGUCUAGCUCAAAUGCGGUUUCGUCUCACAAAGACAAAUCUGUUGAUUCGAAGCUUUCGGAGGGUCUCAUGCUGAGACCGAUGAACAGUGAUAACUACACUGCGGCGCAAAAUGGUGUUCAGAGUGUGGUGAGUCGUCUAACCACGUUGUCACAACAGGAUAGGAUACUGUCCAAGUCUUUGGCUACAACAAUAGAGGAGAACAAGGAGCUGAAAGUGGAAACCUUUGGGGUACCCGAAGAUGGUGGUGAUGAAGAUAAUAAUGGUAGGAAUGAUGAAAUUCCGUUGGAAAUUGCGCAAAAACCUAGUCAAAUUGAUGAAAUCGAUCAUGUUUCAAAACAAAAUCCGAAUGAGAUUUCAAGACUCCCGCAACGUCUUUUGGCGUCCGAUGAUUCUCGCAAUCUUUCGCAAAGCCAUAUUCCUCAGACCUUCGAGGAUCCCCAUGAUGUCUCAUGUGAUGGCCAACAGAAUACCUCACACUCUCCACAGCCGAGCGAGUUCCGUUCCACGUCUCGUGCGGCAUCACGGGUAGAUCCCCCAACCAAUGGGCGCCCUAAAAUCGAGGCUCUGCCGAGUUCCAUUACCAGUCCUUCUCACGACGUGACUCGCAACAAGUCGCCCAUGAGGGACCCGUUCGAAUACCAUCCAAAACAGAUCAAAGACCAGCGCAGGCCUCUCUACACCCCAGCAGUAUUGCGAACCAAUGAGAUGGCGCUGUAUCCGUCUGAUAGAGCGCAGUCAGAUUCGUCUUUGGCUGACGACGAGUCCGAUUCACGUGGAAUAUUACGGAAACUAUACCGACCUAAGCUGAACCACUCGCAGUCGUCUGUGUGGUCCUCUGCUCCAAAACUUGAUCAAAGCGAGUAUAUUCCCAUCAGAAAGCACUGGAAGGCGGACAGUUCGCGGUUCUCAUGCUCGGGAUGCGGCAAACUAUUCCAUUUUCUCACGGCAAAGGCCCGCAAACACCACUGUCGCCAUUGUGGUGAGAUCUUCUGCAGCAACUGUCUGCGCAACGUGGUCUAUCUGAAUGCAGAAGCAAAGUUUGUCGACUUUGUUGGUGAUGAGGCCGGGUCUGAUGGCACGAAGGACCAUGCCCAGAAGCCCAAAAUACACCGCAUGAUGAAACGCGGAUCUUCUGCAAGUUCCAGCAGUGACGUUGAUGUUGGUGGUGGCAGGUUUCUCAGCAAAGUGUGCGACUCGUGCUAUUCGAAGUAUGAGGCGUUCUUGAACGAAAUGCAGCACUCGACUCAUCUAGGUGAAGACUUGGAUCCCCAGCUGCUCGGUGCAAACGGCGCUCUUCAGAAGCCGAAAAUUGAUGCCAGUGUAAAUUCUGUCGGGAGUAUUCCUGCGGAUUGGAACUGGAGUUCUUUCUGA